GUCGACCGUUGCGCAGGACCGCCUCCCACUCAGGACUCGGAUUAUAACCCGCGGUUUUGCUGCAAGUCCUUUCUUUCCGAACCGCCAUGUCCGUCUCCAAGAGGGUGCGCAUCUACACCGCCGCAGAUGUCGCGGAGCACGCGAGCGCGUCGACGUGCUGGGUCUCGUACAAGGGCAAAGUGUACGACGUGACGGGGUUCCUGCCGGACCACCCGGGAGGAGACGAUUUUAUAUUAAAGUAUGCGGGGAAGGAUGUCGCGGAAGUUAUGAAGAACCCGGAGGAGCAUGAGCAUUCGGACUCGGCGUAUGAAAUGCUGGAGGAGUAUUUGAUCGGACGGCUUGGGACGGGCGAGGCGGUUGUGAGCGACGAUUGGGAGGCUACGGAUGACUUCCAUCCUGAAGACACGGACUCUGCGCGGGACUUUGAGAAGAACCAGUUCCUCGACCUCCGACAGCCCCUGUUGAAGCAGGUCUGGUAUGCGACAUGGAGUAAACACUACUAUCUCCAGCAAGUCCACCAGCCUCGACAUCUGCCUUAUUCUGCUCGCCUCUUCGGUCCAGACUUCCUCGAGGUCUUCACCAAGACCGAGUGGUAUGUCGUGCCCAUGAUCUGGCUGCCCAUCGCCAUCAACCUAUUCCUCCGCUCCCUCCUCCAAUUCUCCGGCCCCCUCCCCAACUUCGUCAACGACCCUUUCAUUCCUCUGUCGGCUCUGUCUGCUGUCCCAACAUCGGCGUUCGUCAAGACAUCUUUAUCGUUCUUCCUGGGCAACUUUGUGUGGACCCUCCUUGAAUACGGCAUGCACCGGUUCCUGUUCCAUAUCGACGAGCUCCUGCCGGACCGGCCGGUGUUCAUGACUCUGCAUUUCUUGCUCCACGGGAUACAUCACUAUCUGCCGAUGGACAGACUGCGGCUCGUCAUGCCUCCCCUCCUGUUCACAGCUCUCUCGUACCCAUUCACGAGACUGGCCUAUCUCCUGUUCCCAGCUGCCAUGGCUAACGGGACGAUUGCUGGUGCCUUCACGUUCUACGUGCUGUACGACUGCAUGCACUGGGCACUGCACCAUACGAGACUCCCGGCGUACAUGAAGGAGAUGAAGAAGUACCACCUUGCACACCAUUACAAGAACUUCGAGCUUGGGUUCGGUGUUACCAGUAAGAUAUGGGACUACGUGUUCAACACUGUCCUCCCCGUGUAAUAUCGUGAAUGUAUUGGCUGGUUCUCGGGAAAGGCAUCGUGGCUCCGAGUAUAUGGCUAGACCUCGUUUAGUGGACUGUAGAGAUUAUUAUGUUCUUUCGUUAAUUUCGCUCUGCGAGUUUCCUGCCACUUGGAUUUUAGGGUUAGCGUUGUGCGAACCGGAAUUUAUUCGUUGUUUGCCUGCUCCUCUUCAUGACUUUCGUGAGAC